CCCGUAUCUCCGCUGACUUGAACAUACACAUAACGCGUUUGGAACCAAAUCUUCCCCCACAAUUACUUUUUCUUUGUGAUACCUCCUUUCCUACCCCUCACUCACACACUCUCGCUCUUCACACCACAACACGAUCAUGGAUAUCAACACGCUUAAACCCCGGAUCCUUGAGAUCCUUCGUCAAUCCAAUCUCGCCAAGAUUUCCACCAAAUCUGUUCGAGAACAGUUGCAAUUGGAAUCAAGCGUGCCGCUUGGCGAGUACAAGAAGCCUCUCAAAGCUCUGAUUGAACAGUGUUAUGAAACGGUGCUCAGUGAACGAGAAAACGACGAAUCAGAGGAAGAGGAAGAAUCGGAUUCAGAGGAGGAAGCGCCUAUUGUGGCGAAGAAAGCCAAGUCUUCACUCGUAGUUGGCAAGAGCAAUACCAAGAAAAAGCCUGCUGCUACGGCGAAAACGGCUACCAAAGCAAAGGCGACAAAGAAGGAAAAGGCACCUAAACGACAACGGAAACCACAAGAUCCAGCAUCCAAAGAAAAGAAUCCGUUUACACGCACUUGGAUUUUAAGUCCUGAGUUAGCAGCCGUCACUGGUGAACAAGCUCUCUCACGUCCUAGCGUAGUCAAGCAUCUCUGGAACUACAUCAAAACUAACAACCUACAGGAUCCAGAGAAGAAGACUCAUAUUUUCUGUGACGACAAGCUGAAAGCGAUAUUCAACAAUGAAUCGUAUAUGAGUGGAUUCACCAUGAACAAGUUCAUUGGCAAGCAUUUGGUAGGACCAGCUGCUCCUCCGGAAAGCGAAGGAGGCGGUGCUAUAGAGAAUAAGGCCAUUGAAGGUGGACCAGUUGCAUAGCUUUUUUUUUCUUCAUCUUGCUCUCGUAUUCUUUUUUUUAUUUCGCUUGUCCCAUCUCCUUGAUAUACCUCAUUACUUGCUUUUUUUUUCUCUCUCUUUCCAACAAACAACAACAACAGCAAUACACCCAUCCACUCUUGACAUAACACAUAAAGCGAUACUUUUACUCCAUAUCCCUUUCCAACUCAUCACUUAUAAUGUCUUUAUUCUCUCGGUUUUUCGCCGUAAAAUAUAUAUCUGAAUAAGCACAUACUGCAC